CCUGUAGAGUCAGAUCAUGUGACAGAAUGGAGGCGUCGCUGAAAACAUUCACCCGUUCACCACAUACACACACCACCAGGAACCCAUUUCACAAUAAACGGAUAAGGCGACAAACAAUUUUGAUCAACUCAGUGCACAACGUUUAUUUUUCCACAUCGCAAUGAAAUGAGGGGAGCAUGGGGGCCAAAGAGUCGAGGAUAGGAUUCCUGUCGUAUGACGAGGCCGUCAAGAGAGUCACUGAUGUGGAAUUGAAGCGGCUGAAAGAUGCCUUCAAGAGAACCAGCGGCCUCACCUGUUACAUGACCCAACAGUGUUUCUACAGGGAAGUGCUGGGAGAUGGAGUUCCACAUAAAGUUGCAGAGGUGAUCUACACCUCAUUUGGAGGCUCGCCUAAAGGGCUGCACUUCAACAAUCUGAUCGUGGGGCUGGUGCUUCUGACCAGAGGACGCGAUGAGGAGAAGGCAAAGUACCUCUUCAGCCUGUUUGCCAGCGAUCUGGGUGGAUAUGCUGCCAGGGAAGAUAUAGAAGCAGUUCUGCAGGUCCUGGAUGGAGAAAUUCCGGCCUCCCUCAAGAAGUGCUUCAGUGAUAGUGAUAAGGUGAACUAUGAGCGCUUCAGGAACUGGCUCCUACAGAACAAGGAGGCCUUCACUUUAUCCAGAUGGCUUCUGUCUGGAGGUGUGUGUGUCACGCUCACAGAUGACAGCGACACGCCCACCUUCUACCAGACCCUGGCUGGCGUCACACACUUGGAGGAAUCAGACAUUAUAGACUUGGAGAAGCGCUACUGGCUACUGAAAGCCCAGUCCAGAACCGGCCGCUUUGACUUGGAAACCUUUGUCCCACUGGUCUCUCCUCCCAUCCAUGCCUCAUUGAGUGAAGGCUUGUUUCACGCAUUUGAUGAGAAUCGGGACAAUCACAUCGACUUUAAAGAGAUCUCUUGUGGACUUUCUGCGUGCUGUAGGGGGCCCAUUGCUGAAAGGCAGAAAUUUUGCUUCAAAGUGUUUGAUGUGGAUCGUGAUGGGGUUCUGUCUCGAGAUGAACUCCAUGAAAUGGUGGUGGCCUUGUUGGAGGUGUGGAAGGACAAUCGCACAGACACACUCCCUGAGCUGCACAGUAGCGUGUCAGACAUAGUAGAGGGCAUCCUGAGGAUGCAUGACACAACCAAGCUGGGUCACCUGACCCUGGAAGACUACCAGAUCUGGAGUGUGAAGAGUGCGUUGGCCAAUGAGUUCUUAAACCUCCUUUUCCAGGUCUGCCACAUAGUCCUGGGGCUCAGGCCCGGUAGUCCUGAGGAGGAGGGACAAAUCAUCAGGGGUUGGUUAGAGAGGGAGAGCAGACAUGGGCUGCAGCAAAGUCACAACUGGUUCCUCAUCUCCAUGCUGUGGUGGCAGCAGUGGAAGGACUACGUUAAAUAUGGCAGUUCCUGCUGUUGUCUCCCUGUCCAGGAGCAUAAGGGCAUCGUGGUGGAGCAGCCGUCCAUCCUGAGCUCGUUGCGAACUCCGAUGGCCACAGCCACUGUUGAGCCCAGCCCACCAGACAGACUGGGAGGACUGGGAACCUUCGGCCCGGUCAGCCCCACUGAGGAGAGGUCACCUGAUGCUGUGUCCAGCGCCUCGGAAGCCACAGAGAGUGCAGCCCUGAGCCCGCAGGUAGCUCCCUCUACUACAGAGAGCUGUUUUGCUCGUCAGCCCAAUGUAUCGGACAACAACAAUCAGUGUUUUUCUGGAGCCAAUGGCCAUCUCCCCUCCCAGCUGGCAGCACAAAGACCUGGAGCCAUCGACAACCAGUCUCUGGUCAAUACCGACCCCAUGAAGGCACCUACGUUAACCAUGGAGGGUGGCAGGCUGAAGCGCUCCUUGCAGCUGGUGCCUGGCAGAGACUUUGAGACAGUGCCUGAGCCGGUGUGGCGGGCACUCUACCAUUGGUACGGUGCCAACCUCAGCCUGCCUCGACCGGUUAUCCUGGAGAGCAAGACAAGCCAAGCAGAGCUGGAGCUCUUCCCGCGCUACCUCCUCUUCCUCCGCCAGCAGCCGGCCACACGCUCCCCCCAGUCCAACAUCUGGGUCAAUAUGGGUAUGACCAGCCUGCGAAUGUUCCCACCGUAUUUACCCCCACCAAGAGCAGGUAACGUGCCAUCCCCCAACGCUCCUCUGAAGAGGAUGUUGGCCUACACAGGUUGCUUCAGCCGCAUGGCCACCAUCAAGGACAUCCACCUCUACCUGUCCCAGAGACUCCGCAUCAAGGAGGAGGACAUGAGACUCUGGCUCUACAACAGUGAGAACUACCUCACCCUCCUGGACGAUGAAGAUCACACACUGGAAAGCCUGAAGAUCUAUGAUGAGCAGCAGCUAGUUAUUGAAGUCAGGAACAAAGACAUGAGCUGGCCUGAGGAAAUGUCUUUCAUUGCCAACAGUAGUAAAAUGGACAGACACAAAGUUCCCACAGAGAAAGGAGCCACUGGCCUCAGUAACCUUGGCAACACCUGCUUCAUGAACUCCAGUAUCCAGUGUGUGAGCAACACCAAGCCUCUCACAGACUACUUCAUCUCAGGAAAACACCUCUAUGAGCUUAACAGAACCAACCCCAUCGGGAUGCGAGGUCACAUGGCCAAGUGUUACGGUGACCUGGUGAUGGAGCUAUGGAGCGGGACACAGAAGAACGUGGCUCCACUCAAACUCAGGUGGACAAUAGCAAAGUAUGCCCCACGCUUUAAUGGCUUCCAGCAGCAGGACUCCCAGGAGCUGCUAGCCUUCCUGCUGGAUGGUCUCCAUGAAGAUCUCAACAGAGUCCAUGAGAAACCCUACGUGGAGCUGAAGGACAGCGAUGGCCGGCCUGACUGGGAGGUGGCCUCUGAGGCAUGGGAGAACCACCUGCGUAGGAACCGCUCCAUCGUGGUGGAUCUGUUUCACGGUCAGCUCAAGUCCCAGGUGAAGUGUAAGACCUGCGGACACAUCAGCGCUCGCUUCGACCCCUUCAACUUCCUGUCUCUGCCCCUGCCCAUGGACAGCUCCAUGCAUCUGGAGAUCACUGUCAUUAAACUGGAUGGCUCCACACCUGUGCGCUACGGCCUGCGGUUGAAUAUGGAUGAAAAGUACACAGGGCUGAAGAAACAGCUGAGUGAACUGUGCAGUCUGAAGCCUGAGCAGAUCCUCCUGGCUGAAGUCCAUACCUCCAACAUCAAGAAUUUUCCUCAGGACAACCACAAGGUCCGUCUGUCUGUUAACGGCUUCCUGUGUGCAUUUGAGAUCCCGGUGCCAGGUUCACCAACGUCACUGAGCUCACCCACACUGACAGACAUCACCCCAAUAGCCAACGGCUCGUCUGCCAAUGGGGACCUGGGCACUAAGACCGUCCUCAUCCCCAACGGUGGGCCCGGCACCAUGGUGCCCUGUAACCCAGAGUCGCCACUGGACAACGGGGUCGCCAACGGACACAUCACACCGGUGCAGGAGAGUCCCUUCAUUGGCUACAUCAUCGCCAUGCACAGAAAGAUGAUGCGUAUGGAGCUGUACUUCCUGUCAUCUCAGAAGAACCGGCCCAGUCUGUUCGGCAUGCCGCUCAUAGUUCCCUGCACUGUCCACACCAGUAAGAAGGAUCUGUACGAUGCCGUUUGGAUCCAAGUGUCCCGACUGGCCAGCCCACUGCCUCCACAGGAAGCCAGCAACCACGCCCAGGAUUGUGAUGACAGUAUGGGCUACCAGUACCCCUUUACUUUACGGGUUGUGGGUAAAGAUGGCAACUCCUGUGCCUGGUGUCCUUGGUACAGGUUCUGCCGAGGCUGUACAAUAGAGUGUACAGAGGACAGAGCCUCUGUGGGAAAUGCUUAUAUAGCCGUGGACUGGGACCCCACCGCCCUGCAUCUCCGCUACCAGACCUCCCAGGAGAGGAUUGUGGAGGAGCACUGCAGUGUGGAGCAGUCCCGUCGGGCCCAGGCUGAGCCCAUUAGCUUGGACAGCUGUCUGAAGGCCUUCACCAGCGAGGAAGAGCUGGGUGAGGACGAGCUCUACUACUGCUCCAAGUGCAAGACACACCGGCUGGCCACUAAGAAGCUGGACCUCUGGAGGCUGCCGCCCAUGCUGAUUGUGCACCUGAAGCGCUUCCAGUUUGUAAAUGGUCGUUGGAUCAAAUCCCAGAAGAUUGUCAAGUUCCCGAGGGAGAGUUUUGACCCCAGCGCCUUCCUGGCUCCCAGAGACCUGGAGCAGCAUUGCCUUCACUCCCGCAGUAAGAGCGAGGAUCUGCUGAGGGUCGGAGAAGACAACCUGUCCUCCAUCUCUGCCCCUGCUGGCUUCUGCAACCUCCCCAAAGCCUCCCCUGCCUCUAGCAGGAAGUCAACGCCUUCCCUUAGCCGGACCAGCAGCCCCUCUGGCAGCCCAAAGACCGGCAGCGUAGGCCGCAGGCCAGGCCGGCUACGCCUGCCCCAGCUGGGCAGCAGACACCGCCUCUCUAACAGCAAGGAGAACCUGGAUGGAGCUGCUAAUCCUGAGGUUGAGCCACGGGACGGUAUGCCACAGCCAGACACAGAGGGGAGCACAGCAGAGGCAGAAGAAUCAAGCCUUCCUGGAUUAGGAGACAUGAUCGCGUCAGAGGCAUCGUGCGGUACUGAGGUGUCCAGCAGCCUCUGUGACGUGGUCCUGGUGAACGGUGACAGCAACGGGCUGAGCUCAGACUGCAGCACAGAGAGCAGCAUGGACCCUGACAACUCGCUGCUGCAGCACAGUGACAACAUUUGUCUGGACGCCAUCUACAACCUCUAUGCAAUAUCAUGUCAUUCAGGAAUCAUGGGAGGAGGCCACUAUGUGACGUAUGCCAAAAACCCCAAUGAGAAAUGGUACUGCUAUAAUGACAGCAGCUGUAAGGAAGUGCACUCUGAGGAGAUCGACACCGACUCGGCGUACAUCCUCUUCUACGAGCAGCAAGGAGUCGACUACUCCCAGUUUCUGCCAAAGAUUGAUGGCAAGAAGAUGGCCGACACCAGUAGCAUGGAUGAAGACUUUGAGUCCGACUACAAGAAAUACUGUGUCCUCCAGUGAUCGCACCUCGUCUUCCAUCAGCCAGCACUACACCCGCUCUCUGCUCCCGCCUGCUGCUCUGAGCAGGAAGCACCAGGCGUUCAGAUCGUUUGGAAGAAUUCUGACAAACUGCUAAUGACUAGAGUCGGACUGUGGUCUCUGUCUUUAGGGAUGCGUCGCAGCACUUUCUACACUUGAUCGCAAACAUAUUUUAGUGCAAAGGUUUGCCGAGGCAACAAUGAAGCCCUGGAAAAAGCACUGAACUGGUGCACUUUGCUGAGCCUGACAAAACAAACACCCCACCCCCCCACCUCCUCCCCUCAUGUGACCAACCCUCGCCAUAACAUACAUGUAACAUAUACUUGCAUACUAACGCAUCUCUGAAUGUACGGCCAAGUCAUGAAGUGAUGUUGCUUUGUUAUUGUGCAUUUAUCACUUGUGAUGUCAAAAUGAAAAGAAAAAAAAAGAAAAAAACAUUUACACCUGGAGUUAUCAUGUGAUCUGAGCCUGAAUAUCUUCUAGGAAGGAAAAGUAUGACGCCAUAGAAUGAAGUCCAGGCAAAGCCAAUGAUUGGAUACAGGUUGAGUUUUUAAAUGCCAAGUGUAAACGGGGCCCAAGAGUUAAAGAACCUGUGUUGAUGUCAUGUUUGACGCCACAGAUCAACAUGAUGUUGACAUUUGGUAUCUAGUGUAUUGGAUACUAUGACAAGCUUUUAAAAAAAAAAAAAAAAAAAAAAAAAAGAAAGGUUCUGAAAGGUUUUAUUAGCGAUAGUGUCACUAGGGAAAACAAGUCACAUGCUACCUCAUCGCUUCCUGCAGUCUGUCGGCCAACUGUACCCUAAAAGUCUGUGACAGUAUUAUUAAUAACACAUAAAAUGAUUCCUUCCAGUGUAGGAGUCAUGGUACACACAGGCUAUGAUGUGGACAUACAAUUAGGCAUUUUUGCCAAAACGCUUUCAUUCCACAGCUGCCAAAUAUCAGUGGUGAUUUGUGCAUUGUUGACCUGUGUGCACCCAUAACUUCUUUGAAACUGGGUUUGUUUAGGACACAGGUGCCAUGAUCUCAAAAGAAGGCUUAAAGAGUAAUAUACAGUAUGUUCAAUACCUUUUUUUUUUUUUUAAAAAAGAUUUAUUUUAUUGUUGUGAUUUUUUUCUUCUUGAGGCAGGCUUCAGUAGCCACUUCAGGUUGUAAAUGGAUAUUCAUUUCAGAGCUACACCAGAGGCAUCGGGCUUGUCUUCACAGCGCUGCGACAGGAACCUUUCACCUGCUGCAAUUCUCAACUGUUGAGAUUCAGACUGAUCUGGUACACUAAUGUUCAUAUGCUCCCCAAAGAAAAAGUUGGGCCGAAAAUGAUUUUACCUGUCAUUUUAACAUUAUAUUAUUUAAAGAGUAACUUAAAAGAGUACUCCACCGAUUUAGCUUUGCACUCCUAUAUAACAUUGUCGGACCCACAAAGGCCAGUAAAAACAAACUGAUCCGAAUCAAUGCGUCAGAAUGCGAGAUGUCAUCUUUUUUUAUGUCGCACAUUCAUCUUUCUUGUCAAUACCGACCAGUACCUUCAUUACCCACAAUGCAACUCGGCGGCUAACAAUUCAAUCAAUCAGACAUUCGGGUGUGUUAUGCUAGUAGCAGUUAAACAGCUACAGAGGUCUAACAGGAUCACUUCUUUCGAAGAAAAAGUUACGUCUGAAAGUUUUCAGACGUAAUCUUUAGCCCCAUUUGACGCUGAAUCAAGUGACAUCACAUGAGGACAUUUUAAGACUCCACACCGCUCCCUCUGGAGACACAAAAUACUUUUUUUUUCACAUAUUCACUAGUGCUCCCCAACACCUGGAAAAACCCUUUUGAUGUGUAAAAUCCGCCGAGUUCCCGUUGAACACCAGGCUGAAAAGCAGACUUUUACUGCUCUCUCUGGUUGGAAGUUUCACGCAUGUUUCUGUGUGCCUAGUGGCUCCUGUAACCACACCCAACCGGGAUGUCACAGUGUCCUGGAGUACACUUGUACAUCGCUGCAGCAAGGUGUGAAGUGAAACCACUGUCACCAAAAACCACAUUUUCAGGGUGUGUUAAGUUACUCUUUAAAGGCCGCUCCUAAGACGUCUCAAAGUUGCCAUUAAUGGAGCGCUCCCCUGCACAUUGUGGUGAACUUGAUUUUCAAGAUAGCACCCUGCUAAAUAUCUUCACAAACCCACUGAUAUCACAUGGUUUCAGUUUACUGUUCAUUUAUUCCUU